AUGCGUUUCGACUUCUUUCUCAUAGUAUCUAGCAUUGCUAUACUGGCUGGCCCCGUUGUGGGAUUGGGGCUGUUUGGAGGAUCUAAGUAUAUGCGAGAGCUGCAGUUGGCUGCUGAGUUGAACUUGGACCCCAAGUUACUCUCCAGCAAAAAUACUGUACAUUCUGUGCUCGCCAAGGCUAAUGCUCAAGAUGAGACGGUCACCGCAGAGUACAUCAUGAUUCCUAUCGACCAUAAUGAUACUUCUGUUGGCACAUACCAUAAUCGGUUCUGGGUGAAUGAUGACUACUACGAGGCCGGGCGUCCGAUCAUCAUAUAUUACGGAAACUCUACGCCAUUUCCAAUUAGCAGGGAUACGCCACCCGAACAUUUCAAGUACCUUACGACCAAACAAGCCCUUGAGGACAUCCCGUACUUUGCGCAGAAUUUCAGCCGCGCGAAGUUCGCCGACCUUGAUCUCACUCCCAGCUCCACACCCUGGGUCCUCGUUGGAGGUUCAUAUGCUGGGAUUCGGGCUGCUUUUGCCCGCAACGAGUACCCGGACGUUAUCUUUGCGGCUUAUUCUUCUUCUGCUCCGGUCCAAGCACAACUGAAUAUGAGCGUGUACUAUGACCAAGUCUACCGUGGUUUGGUCGGCCAUGGUUUUGAAAAUUGUGCCAAAGAUAUCCAUGCAGCUCUAGGUUAUAUAGACCAGCAACUAUCAAACAAUCACACUGCGGCUGCUAUCAAAACGCUCUUUCUCGGCCCUGGAGCUGAGCAGAACAGCAACGAAGGCUUCACAGCAGCUUUGGGGACUAUCUAUAACUAUUUCCAGAGCUAUGCCCUUGACGGUCCAGAAGGAAGUCUGCGCGAACUCUGCGGACAUCUGGAAGUGGAUCCUACAACGCAGGAGGUGGCAGGUGCGGAUGGCUUCGCUCCAGUCCGUGGAAGUAAGUAUGUGGCUGAACGUUGGGCUGCAUGGUCAGCAUUCACGCCAUUGGUUAACAAUUUUAUGGAGACCAACUGCAGAGGACUUAGCGAUCCUGCUACGCCGUCUUGUAAGCUGGACGUGGUGUAUUAUGACCCGGAUUCUAUCAGCUGGAGUUGGCAGUACUGCACCGAGUGGGGAUUCUAUCAAAGUAACAAUUUUGGCCCUCAUUCACUGCUUUCCCGCUACCAGACUCUGGAGUACCAGCAGGAAAUAUGCAAUAACCAGUUCGCACAGGCAGUCGGAACCGGUAUGCUGCCAUCACGCCCCCAGACGGAAGCCCUCAACGAAAAGUACGGAGGCUGGAAUAUCCGACCGUCCAAUACUUUCUUCACUGGCGGAGAGUUUGAUCCAUGGAGGACGUUGUCUAUGCUGACCACUGAAGAUAUCGCGCCUGGAGUUGCGCCCGAUGGAAUGACGUUCUCUACCGAGAUCCCGAACUGUGGCGAGACGAGUGAGGAUCAAGUGUUCGGAUACCUUCUCAAACAGUCUGAACAUUGCUAUGAUUUCCAAAGCUUAUCCACCGAAGGCAAGGCGGCUCGCGAGCUGUUCAAGGAAGCAUUGACCAAAUGGCUACCGUGCUUCAAGCCUUCACGGCCCGAUGCUUCCAAGUACCUCCAGCGGCUGUAUCAGCAGCGCAAGCGAGCCCAAUCUCUUGGAUGUCAGCCUGCUGCUCAAGGGCCAUCAGGCAUCUUUGGAAUCCGAUCAUUCGUGCGGUUGCUCAACGAAGUCAGGCACAAACGAUGGGUUGAAUAUCUUGCAGGGCAGUAUGGGCGAUUCGGAAACACUUAUACCCAGAAGGCUCUAGGUAAAUGGAUGUUGACUACCAUUGAACCGGAGAAUAUCAAAGCUCUGUUGGCAACCCAAUUCAACGAUUUCGGCCUGGGAACCAGACAUCGUGAAUUCUACCCUUUACUCGGGGACGGAAUCUUUACUCUCGAUGGUCCCGGCUGGUCUCAUGCACGUGGGCUGUUACGGCCUCAAUUCACACGAGAUCAGGUGGCUGACCUAGAGCUCAUGGACGGCCAUAUCUCCCGCCUGAUUGACCUCAUUCCUCGGGAUGGUUCGAGCUUUGACAUUCAACGUCUGUUUUUCCUUCUAACAAUCGACUCUGCCACGCAUUUCCUGUUUGGAGAAUCGGUAGGCGCUUUGGAAUCUUCCAACAGCGCGAGUCUCUUGGGGAGAUCAUCCGUCGGAAGUGCACAAGGAUUCGCAGAGGCAUUCGGUACCGCCCAAGAUUACCUGACAACCCGCUCGCGUGCUAUGCAUUUUUACUGGAUGGUCAAUCCGAAAGAGUUCCGUGAAGCCAAUCAGCGCGUCCACGAGGUCGUUGAUCACUAUGUUCAGCUUGCUAUCCGAUCCAAGAAUGAUCCGGAGAAAAAGUCCGGUAGAUAUAUUUUUGCGGAGGCCUUGGCCGCAGACAACGAUGAUCCAAAGGUGCUGAGAGAUAAUAUGCUCAACAUUCUCGUGGCUGGCCGUGAUACCACGGCUAGUCUGCUCAGUUCUGCAUUUUUCUACUUGUCACGCAACCAGGAUGUUUGGAAAAGGCUGCGACAAACCAUCAUCGACGAGUUUGGAGAUAGCCAAAACCCGAAGGAAGAAAUUACACAAGCAAAGCUAAAGGACAUCCCAUACUUGCGAUAUGUGCUGAACGAGGUCCUCCGGUUAUUGCCCCCCGUUCCUCUGAAUUUCCGUGUCGCUGCCAAGGACACUUCUCUGCCAGUUGGAGGUGGUCCUGAUGGAAGAUCCCCAGUCUUUGUUCCAAAAGGACAGGUUGUCGCAUACAGCGUCUACGCUAUGCACCGCCGUACAGACUUAUAUGGACCUGAUUCCCAUUCGUUCCGACCAGAGCGCUGGGAGGAAAAUGGCAGACGCGGUUGGGACUAUCUUCCAUUCAACGGAGGCCCACGGAUCUGCCUUGGUCAGCAAUAUGCACUCACGGAAGCAAGCUAUACCCUUGUUAAGUUGAUCCAACGCUUUGACAUCCUCGAGUGCGCCGACCCAGAAUUGAAACAGCCCGCAAUCCUGUCUACCCUCACCAUGUCGCAUGAUCGGGGUGUGAAGGUCAGACUGUAUUCCUCGGCACAAAAAUGCUAA